AAGCAUGUUAAUGACCUGUAUGAAGACCUACGAGAUGGACAUAACCUGAUCUCACUGCUGGAGGUCCUGACUGGCCAGUCAUUGCCUCGGGAGAAAGGGAGGAUGCGGUUCCACAGACUCCAGAAUGUACAGAUAGCUCUGGACUUCUUAAAGAGGCGGCAGGUCAAGCUGGUUAACAUCAGGAAUGAUGACAUCACAGACGGGAAUCCCAAAUUGACGCUGGGAUUGAUAUGGACCAUAAUUCUGCACUUUCAGAUCUCUGAGAUCCAUGUUUGCGGGGAGUCGGAGGACAUGACAGCCAAGGAGCGUCUGCUGAUGUGGUCCCAGCAGAUGACCGAGGGCUACGUGGGCGUACGCUGUGACAACUUCACCUCCUCCUGGAGGGACGGGAGGCUUUUCAACGCUAUCAUUCACAAAUACAGGCCUGACCUGGUGGAUAUGGCCAGAGUGUCGGCCCAGACUAGCCGGUCAAACUUAGAACAGGCCUUUGGUGUGGCUGAACGGCUUGGGGUGGCCAGACUACUGGACCCUGAGGAUGUGGAUGUGCAGACUCCUGAUGAGAAGUCAGUCAUCACAUACGUCUCCACUCUGUAUGAUGUCUUCCCUAAAGUACCUGAUGGUGUUGACGGUAUCAAUGCAAAUGAUGUUGAUAUAAAAUGGGUAGAGUACCAGAACAUGGUGAAUUACCUGAGCCAGUGGCUCAAACACAAUGUGGCAGUGAUGUCAGACAGAGCGUUCCCUAACAACCCAGUGGAACUCAAGGCACUUUAUACACAGUACUUGCAGUUCAAAGAGAAUGAAAUCCCGCUGAAAGAAACCGAGAAGAGCAAAAUCAAGCAUCUUUACAAAAUGCUUGAGGUGUGGAUCGAGUUUGGUCGUAUCCAGCUUCCUCAGGGAUAUCACCCCAACGAUGUGGAGAAGGAAUGGGGCAAGCUGAUCGUGGCCAUGCUGGAGAGAGAGAAGAGCCUGAGGCCUGAGGUGGAUAGGCUUGAAAUGUUGCAGCAGAUUGCCACCAGGGUCCAGCGGGACUGUGUCAAUGGAGAGGACAAACUAGAAUUAGCAAGAGCAGCUCUGCAGUCUGAUACUAAGAGGCUAGAGUCUGGGGUCCAGUUCCAGAAUGAGGCAGAGACCGCUGGGCACCUUCUGGAAUGUGAAAACCUGCUGAGACAGCAGGUGGUAGAUAUCCAGAUUCUACUGGAUGGGAAGUAUUACUACUCCGAUCAGCUUGUUCAAAGGGUAUCCAAGCUCCGUGAUGACCUGCUGGGCCUGAGGGCAGAGUGUUCCUCUGUGUACAGACAAGGAUGCACCCUGACCCCCCAACAGACCACGAUGAUGAUCUCAGGCAUCACUCAGAGUCUCAACUCAGGCUUCUCCUCCUCCAACCUCAACUCCAGCCUCACCCCUGGAGGCCUGGGAACCCCCGGUUCCACCUUCACCUCCAUCCUUACCCCGGGCCUCACCCCUGCCCUGAGCCCCGCCAUGACCCCCGGCGGCAUGCAGCCCGGCUCGGUGCAGGCCUACAUAGGGGGCGGAGGAGUGGGUAUGGCCCCGGGAGACCUCCAGCACCUCAAACACAUGCAGAUCCGCAAGCCCCUGUGCAAGUCCUCGCUAGUGGACCCCAACAUGACCGAGGAUGAGGUCAACAUAAACUUUGUGCAGGACCUGAUCAACUGGGUGGAGGAGAUGCAGGUGCAAUUGGAUCGUGGAGAUUGGGGAUCUGAUUUGCCAAGUGUGGAAACACAUUUAGAGAACCACAAAGGGGUUCACAGAGCCAUCGAAGAAUUUCAAAUGAGCCUUAAAGAAGCCCAACUUAGUGAGACUCAGAUGAACCAAAAACUAAGUUAUUCUGAGAAACUGGGGAAAUUGGAAACCCAGUAUGGGAAGUUACUAAACUGUUCGCGGGAGCGACAGAAGAACCUGGAGAGCCUCCAUGACUUUGUUUCGCGGGCCACCAUGGAACUCAUCUGGCUCAAUGAGAAAGAGGAGGAGGAGGUUGCUUUCGACUGGAGCGAUCUCAACGGCAACAUCUCUAAGAAGAGACAGUACCACUCUGAUCUGAUGAGAGAGUUGGAUGAAAAGGAGGAGGUGAUCAAGUCUGUACAGGACAGGGCAGAGAACCUUCUGCAGGAGAACCACCCUGCUAGGUUAACUCUUGAAGCAUACAAAGCAGCCAUGCAGACCCAGUGGAGUUGGAUCCUACAGCUCUGCUCUUGUGUGGAGCAGCACCUCAAAGACAACACAGUCUAUUUUGAGUUUUUCAAUAAUGCCAAAGAGUCCACGGAUUACCUGAAGAGCCUGCAAGGUGACAUCCAGAGAAAGUAUGGCUGUGAUCGGACAAGCAGUGUACACAAGCUGGAAGAUCACAUCCAGGAGUCCAUGGAUGAGAAGGAGCAGCUCCUCCAGUACCGCAGCACAGUGGCUGGGUUGAUGGGCAAGGCCAAGGCCAUCGUCCAGCUCAAGCCUAGGAACCCAGAUACCCCUAUCAGAUCCUCCAUACCCGUCAAAGCCAUCUGUGACUACCGACAAAUAGAGAUCACCAUCUAUAAGGAUGAUGAGUGUGUCCUGGCCAGUAACUCUCACCGGGCCAAGUGGAAGGUGAUCAGUCCGUCUGGGAACGAGGCUAUGGUUCCUUCUGUCUGCUUCACCGUGCCUCCACCCAACAAAGAGGCUGUGGACCAGGCCAGCAGAAUUGAACAGCUGUACCAGAAUGUCCUGGCUCUAUGGCACCACUCACACAUAAAAAUGAAGAGCGUUGUCUCCUGGCACUACCUGAUGGCGGACGUCAGAGCCGUCCGCGACUGGAACGUGUCCUCAAUUAAGACCAUGUUGCCAGGCGAGCACCAGCAGGUCCUUAGCAACCUGCAAUCCCACUUUGAGGACUUCCUGGAGGACAGCAAGGAGUCGGAGGUGUUCACUGUGGCAGACUGUUCCCAGCUAGAAAGGGAGGUCCUGGCCUGCAAGGACUACUACGAGGAGCUGCUCAAGUCUGCAGAGAGAGAGGAACACGAGGAGUCUGUGUACAACCUGUAUAUCUCUGAGGUGCGUAACUUCCGCAUGCGUCUGGAGGCUCAGGAGGAGCACCUGAUCCGACAGAUCCGCACCCCACUUGACAGAGACGACCUGGAGCAGAGUGUCCUGCGCAUCACAGAGCAAGAGAAGAAGAAGGCAGAGCUGGAUCAGCUGAAGGACGAUCUGGAGACCAUGAAGGAGAAGUGUGAGACGUUCUUCAGACAGGCCGGGGCCUCUCCCGCUGUCCCCACCCUCUCCUCUGACCUCAAUGUCCUCAUCCAGAGCAUGAGCCAAGUCUACUCCAUGUCCGCCAUCUACCUAGAGAAGCUGAAGACAGUGAGCAUGGUGGUGAGGCACAGCCAAAGUGCGGAGGCUCUAGUGAAGCUUUAUGAGGCCAAACUCUCUGAGGAAGACGCCGUGAACUCUGACCUGAAAUCCAUCGACACAGUCGUCAUCACACUCAAACAAUGGCGCUCAGAGAUCGACGAACAGAGGGAGAUCUUCCAUGACCUGGAGGAUGGGCUACAGAAGGCCCGUGGUAUCAGUGAACGCAUGUUCAAGGCUCACAACGAGCGGGACUUUGACCUGGACUGGCACAAGGAGAAGGCUGACCAGCUAGAAGAAAGGUGGAGCAACGUCCACUCUCAGAUUGAGAGCAGACUUCGGGACCUGGAGGGCAUCAGUAAAUCACUGAAGUACUACAAAGACUCCUACGGCAGUCUGGAUGAGUGGGUCAGAGAGAUGGAGGCAGCUCAGCUCAAGACCCAAGAGAAGCAUCCAGAGGACAGCAAAGCGCUCGCUGAGCUGGUAAACCAACAGAAGGUCCUCGUUGCAGAAAUGGAACAAAAGCAGAGCAGAAUUGAUGAAUGCCAAAAGUACUCAGAGCAGUACUCAUCUGGUGCUAAAGAUUAUGAGCUACAGCUGUUGACCUACAGAGCCAUGGUUGACUCCCAGCACAAGUCCCCGCUCAAGAGACGGAGGAUGCAGAACUCGGCUGAUGCCAUCGUUCAGGAGUUCAUGGACCUCCGAACUCGCUACACGGCCGUAGUCACCUCCAUGACGCAGUAUGUAAAGUUUGCCAGUGAGACAUUGAAGAGAGCAGAAGGCGAAGAGAACAGGAAAGCAUCAGAAAGAACAGAGUACCUCACCUGGACAGAGAGCUUGGAGCUCCAAAAGUCAGCUGGGGAGGAGGUGAUUGGACAGCUCCAGCAGCAGAGGUCUGUUGAUGAGGAGAAGAAAGAGCAUGGUGAUAAAGUAAGCAAGCUGUUAGAUUGGAUGUCCAGUGUGAAACCGGGCCAGAACAAAGAUGGUAAAGCCAGCACAGAGGCCUCUAGUAAGCCUCAGGUUUCAAUGGAAGAGAUGGUAACACAAAAAGAGAAAAUUGCAGAAGCCCUGAGGACUACACAGCUUAUGCUAAGUAAACACAGUGAUAAGAUGACCGAGGAAGAGAAGCUGGAAGCAAAGGAGCAGCUGAAAUCCCUCCAUCAAGCCUACAGUGAUCUCACCCAGCAGUGUUCUGAUCAGACACCGUCUGCCGAGCAGGACAUGGAGGAGAAACAGAAGGUGCUCUCAGACAAGCUGCAGGAGCUGUGUGACAACCUGACCAAUACAGAGAACCGUCUGAUAGGCCAUCAGCAGCAGACCAAGGGUGCAGCGAGUGUGGAAGACCUGCAGCAUGUGCAGCAAGAGCAUCAGGCCUUGCAGAAAGACAUCUUGACCAAUGGCAGUGCCUUGAAUGAGGUCAUCAGUAGCUCCAAGAAGUUCCUGGAUGAGAAUCGGUCUAAGCUGACCCCAGAUCAGAUCAUUGCCAUUGAGAGCAAGCUGGAAGACGCCAAGAGCAAGGUCAAACUUAUCAACCAACGGGCCGAGGAGUCAAGGAAAGACCUGGAGAAGUCUGUGACCACUGCUAUCAAACAGGAGACUGAGAAGGAGGCUGCGGUUGAGCAGCUUGAGGAGAGCAAGAACAAGAUUGAGGGUCUGCUGGACUGGAUCAACAACAUGGGGAAUGAGAAAGUGAUGGGGGGCGAACAGACAGACCAUAUGGGUAUACAGAACGGGAACAUGGCGUUGCAGUCGGAGACCUCGGCCAAGAACAUUCUGGGUGAGGAUGAUGACCCCAAUGGAAACAAUGGAAACGCUUUCCAGACUACAGACAACGACACUGAGGGACAGGCCACAGGGAAGACCCCAGAAUUGGACCUGGAAAUGCAGUAUGACAGAGUCAAGGCUCGUCACCAGGAGAUCUUAUCCCAGCAACAGGAGCUGAUCAUGGCCACCCAGUCAGCCCAGGCUCUGCUGGACCACCAGGCUCAUGCCUUGUCGCCCACGGAUAAGGACAAGCUCCAGAGGGACAUCCAGGAGCUGAAAGGACGGUACGACUCUUCCCUUACCCAGGCAGAACAGCAGAUGAAGCAGAUGGUCCAGGUUCAGGAGGAGCUGAAGAAGUUCCAGGGAGACUGUGAGGAGUUUGAGGGCUGGCUGCAGCAGGCCGAGGAGGAGGUGGAGGAGCUGGGAGCCCCUGCUGGAGCUCUCAACGACCUCACAGAGAAGCUCCGGAGACAGAAGAGCUUCUCUGAGGACGUCAUCUCCCACAAGGGAGACCUGCGGUUCAUCACCAUCUCAGGACAGAAGGUGUUGGACGUGGCGAAGGCCUGUGGACGCAUGGACCCUGGUGGGAAAGAUGCCCAGCUGGAGGUGGAUACCACUGCAACCUGUGCUGCUGUGAAGGAGAAGCUGGACUCAGCUGCUGGUCGCUUCAAAGCCCUACACUCUCAGUGCAAUGAUCUUGGCAACAAUCUCAGAGACGUGGUGGACAAGUACAAGAAGUAUGAGGACUCGGCUGCUGGUCUCCUGAAGUGGCUCAACAACUCAGAGGAGGACGCCAGAAGGCAGCAGUCUGAGGCCAUCGCUGCCGACCCUCAAACCCUACAGAAACAGCUGGAGGACACCAAGGGUCUGCAGGGUCAGACUACUGGUCGUCAGACUGCUGUGGAGACACUCCGCAAAACAGCUGACUCUCUGGUCACUGCCCAGGGGGACUUGUUGACCAAUCAGGACCAUAUCCAUGAAACAGUAGAUGAUAUUGUGGAGAGGUAUGACAACCUGUCUAAGUCAGUGAGUGAUCGUAAUGAGAAGCUUCAGAUCACCCUGACCCGCUCCCUGAGUGUCCAGGAUGGCCUGGAUGAGAUGAUGAGCUGGAUGGAGGGAGUAGAGGAGAGUGUGAAGGAGAAAGGACAAGUCCCUCUGGACUCAGCAGUCAUUGGAGAUGUGCUCAGCAAAGAGGCAGCUCUGGAGCAGGAUAUUUCCAGUCGCCAGAGCAGCAUCUCUGCCAUGAAGGCCAAGGUUAAGAAGUUUGUGGAGACAGCUGACCCCGCUGCAGCGGCUCUGCUGCAGUCCAAAAUGGACGCCCUGUCUCAGCGCUUCUCUGACGCCUGUGACAAGCACAAACACAAGCAGGGCCAGCUGGAGCAGCUGAAGGACAAGGUGGAGGAGUUUGAGAAGACAACGGAGAAGGUGCAGCAGUUUGUGCUCAAGCGCUCUCAGGCCCUCUCUGAAACAGACGGACCAGGGAAAAACGUCAACGAGCUCUCGCAGCUCAUGCAGGAUACUAACACUGAGUUGGCCGAACAUGACAAGGAUGUGGAAAUGCUGCAGAUGCUGUCAAAGGAACUGGCCAAUAUGGGUCCAGAGGGAAGCAAGGCCCAGAUUCAGAGCAAGAUGGACAAACUCUCUGACACCUUCAAUGCCUUCAAAAUCACAGUGAAAGAGAAAGAGGAGGAGGUGUCUUCCUGCCAGGACCAGCUGGGAGACUUCAGGGCUGCAGCCGGAGCUCUCAGGACGUGGCUGGAGGAGACGAUAGAGAAAGUCCCUGUGGUUCAGCCAACCAGCAGUGAGCAGAGUCUAGGAAAGGACCUGCAGAGAGUCAAUGCUCUAAUGGAGGAAUGGACAACCAAAGGCUCUGCUGUCCAAGAUAUAAAUAGCAAAGGAUCUGCACUAUGUAGCCUCAUCAGUGUUCUCACAUCUCCAGCCAAGACCAAGAUGUCGCAUAAGUCAGCUGUUACUAACAGUGAUGGCCCCGGAAACCAUGCCUACCUAACUAAUAAAGAGCUGAUGGUGGUACAGCAAAACAUGUCGUAUAUCAACGAGGGCCACAAGAGUCUGGGAGAAGUGCUGAAGGGCCGGGCUACAGAGCUGUCUGUCCUGGUGCAGGAGGUGACAGAGGCCCAGAAGGAGACAGACACCAUGAUAACAUGGCUGCAGGAUAUGAAGAAGACAGCAGCAUCCUGGAACUCUGCGUCCACAGAGAAAGACACCAUGAAAACACAACUGGAGCAACAGAAGGCCUUUGAGGAAGACAUGAAACAAAAGCACGAGCAGCUCCAGAAGCUGAGAGAGAAGCUUCUCCAUCUGAUUGAGAAACACCCAGACUCUCCUGAAGCAGCAAAAUGGAAGCAGAUGCUGUCACAGAUAGAUACUGCCUGGGCGGAUGUGAGCGGGUCGGUGGAGGACAGGAAGCAGCGUCUGGAGGAGUCCAACAGGAACCUGGACGUGUUUCAGACCACUGAGCCGCAGCUCCGCCAGUGGCUCUCAGAGAAGGAUAUGAUGCUCAGUGUCCUGGGGCCCCUCUCCAUGGACCCCAACAUGCUCAACACACAGAAGCAGCAAGUCCAGAUCCUCCUGAACGAGUUUGACAGCCGUAAGCCACAGUUUGACCAGCUUCACGAGGCUGCUGCUGCUAUCCUGAGCACAUCAGGCAAGCAAGACCCCUCCUCUGGUGGGAAGGUGGUGAAGGACCAACUGGCCGCCGUCACCCAGAAAUGGCAGGGCCUGACUGGGCAGCUGGGCCAGAGAGCCGGCCUCAUCGACCAGGCCGUGGGGAAGUCAAGCCAGUUCCAGGAUCUGCUGAUGAGCCUGAGCCAGAGCGCCGCCUCACUGGAGACCCGGCUCAACAGCCAGCAGGCCCUUAGCAGUCAGCCUGACGUGGUGAAGAAGCAGCUGGAGGAGGCUAACACCAUCUCUGGCCAGCUGAGUGAGGAGAGGAAGAGGCUAAAAGAGGCUGAGACCCUCUGCUCUGAGCUUUCUGCCCUGGUCACGGAGGACUACCUGAAAGCAGGCCUAGACAGGCAGCUGGAGGGGGUCAACAAGCCUUUCAAACAGUUGGAGGACAAAGCAGGGAAGCGGAUCCAGCAACUGAACUCCGCAUUCGCAAGCUCCCAGCAGUUCCACCAGGCCUCCAAAGACUUCCAGGGGUGGAUGAACGGGAAGCUCCAGGAGCAGUCUAAACCCCAGGCCAUCUCGGCCCAGGUGGAGACCCUUCGGCAGAGCCUGAAAGAACAGAGUGCCCUGCAGAAGGCCCUCAGUGAACACGAGGAACCAUACUGCACCAUUGUCAGGGAGGGAGAGACCCUCCUCCAGAACACUGACGGGGCAGAGAAGGUGGCGAUGCAGGGCCAGCUGGCUACACUGCGCUCCAACUGGGACGAUGUGAAGAAGAGCUCGGCUGAGCGCCAGGAUAAGCUCCAGGGGGCGCUGCAGAGGGCCCAGAAGUAUCACGAGCACGCUGAGAAGCUCCAGUCCUGGGUCCAGGAGUGUGAAGUCAGGGAGGGCAGCGUCAGGCUCAGCGUGGACCCAGCGGAGGUGGAGAGCUCCAUCUCCCAGCUGAAGGCCAUCCAGAAGGAUGUGGACAAACACAGAGGCCUGGUGGAGCAGCUGAACACUGCAGCUGACAGCCUCCUGGAGGUGGCCAAUGCAGACACGGAGGUCGUCAGGGAGGAGAAGGCGGCCAUCGGGCAGAGCGUGGACCGGGUCACGGAGGGGGUCCAGAACAAGAGAGAGUCUCUGGAGAAGAUCUCACAGAGGCUGAAAGAGUUCAACGACACCCACAAUGAGGCCAAGGGCCAGCUGGCAGGGGCUAAGAAGCAGCUAGAUGCCCACACAUCACUGGGGGUCCAGGCCUACAGCAACAAGAACCUGACCAACAUGAAGGCCCAGCAGAAGAGCCUGGAUGGAGUCAACACCCAGGUUGAGCACCUGAAGAGCCUUGCCCAGGGCCUGGUGGCUGAUGUCCCAGAGGCAGACGGGGUGACCGACCUCCUACUGCAGGCCGACAGCCUGGAGAAAGAGCACGGCUCCCUCAGCAAGGAUGUAGGGGAGACCUGCUCCACCUUGGAGGGCAAGCUGCAGGGCAUCGGGCAGUUCCAGACCAACAUCCGCGAGAUGUUCACCCGCUUCGCAGACCUAGACGACGAGCUUGACAGCAUGGCUUCUGUGGGCCGUGACCUGAUCACCCUUAAGGAGCAGCAGGACGGUAUCAAGGGCUUUGUGGAGAAACUGCAGGGGCUGAUGGCCGACACGGCUCGGGGAGGGGACAGCUGUAAGAAGAUGCUGGAGACUGAGGCCUCCCCAGACCUGCUGGGGCUGAAGAGAGACCUGGAUGGUCUGAGUAAGCAGUGUGGCAAGCUGAUGGACAGAGCUAAAGGGAGAGGGGAAGAGGUGGGGAGCACACUCACCCGUCUGGAUGAGCUUUACUCCAAGCUACAGCAGUUCACCAGCAAACUGGGCGGGGCUGAGGUCAAGGAGGAAGGUCAGGGGUCAGUUGGCAUGGAGACUGAUGUCAUCAACCAACAGCUGGAAGCUUUCAAGGUAUUCCAAAAAGAGGUUGAUCCACUGCAGAGCCAGUUGCAAGACAUUAACUGGCUGGGCCAAGGCUUGAUCCAGAACGCUGACAAAGGCACCAGCACCAAGGGCCUUGAACAUGACCUGGAGGAUGUCAACACACGAUGGAACACUCUCAACAAAAAGAUUGCUGAGCGGUCAGUGCAGCUGCACGAGGCCCUGUUGCAUUGUGGGAGAUUCCAGGAUGCCCUGGAGUCCCUACUCAGCUGGCUGACGGACACAGAGGACCUGGUGUCCAAUCAGAAACCUCCGUCUGCCGAGUUCAAAGUUGUCAAGGCACAGAUCCAGGAGCAGAUACUCCUCCAGAGGCUGCUGGAUGACCGCAGACCCACGGUGGAGCUGAUUAAGAAGGAGGGAGGGAAGGUUGCGGAGCUGGGAGCAGAGUCUGUGGACAAGGAGAAGGUGGGGAAGGAGAUUGAGUGCCUGGGGCAGAGGUGGGACGCUCUGCUGAAGAAGGCUGAGAACAGGCACAAACAGCUGAAGAGCAUUCUGGUUGUGGCUCAGCAGUUCCAUGAGACACUGGAGCCGCUGUCUGAGUGGCUCUCUGCCACAGAGAAACACUUGGCCAAAGCUGAACCUAUUGGCACACAGACCUCCAAGCUGGAAGAGCAGAUCUCCCAGCACAAGGUAUUAGAGGAGGAGAUAACGGGUCACUGUAAAGACCUGGUUCAGGCCGUCAACCUGGGUCAGAUGCUGAAGCUAGUCAGCUCAGUGGACGAUAAGGAGCUGGUGCAGUCUAAGCUGGACUCCAGCCAGGCUAGUUAUGUAGAGCUGCAGGAGCGCUGUAGGAGGAAGGCUGAGAUGCUGCAGCAGGCUCUGGCCAACGCCCAGCUCUUUGGAGAAGACGAGGUGGCCCUCAUGAACUGGCUCAACGAAGUACACACUAGGCUGAGCGAAGUGUCCGUCAAAGACUACAAGACGGACGUGCUGGAAAAGCAGUGUGCAGAACAGCUGGCCCUACAGGAAGACAUUGAGUUGAGGAAGCAGAAUGUUGAUCAAGCCAUUUCUAAUGGAUUGGAACUGCUGAAACAAACAACAGGUGAUGAGGUGGUUGUCAUCCAAGGCAAGUUGGACGGGAUAAAGACGAGAUACGCUGAGAUCAACUCCAUGAGUGGUAACGUGUCUCAGACCCUGAACCAGGCCCUGACCCUGGCCUCCAAGCUCCAGCACACACACGAAGACCUCAGCUCCUGGCUGGAGAAUGUCGAGGCUGAGCUCACUGCCUUCGCUGCUCAGGCGCCUGUAGGAGAGCAGCUCGUUCAGGCACAAGACAGGCAGAAGGCAUUGCUGCAAGAGGCCAGGGAUCACAAGCCCCAAGUGGACAAACUCAACGAGGUGAGCAGCUCUCUACUGGAGCUGGUCCCUUGGAGGGCUCGGGAGGGCCUGGACAAGAUAGUGACAGAGGACAACGAUCGCUACAAGGCCACCAGCGACACCAUCGCACAUCACGCGGAGCAGAUAGACGCCGCUAUACUGAAAUCACAGCAGUUUGAACAAGCAGCUGACACUGAGCUAGCCUGGCUUACUGAAGCAGAGAGGAAGAUGUUGUCAUUGGGGGAGAUCAGGCUGGAACAGGACCAGACCACUGUCCAGCUCCAGUCCCAGAAGGGCUUCUCUAUGGACAUCAUGAGACACAAGGAUGCCGUGGAUGGAAUUGUGAAAACAGGCGAGGCCAUCAUGAACAGCAAGGACGAGGAGGAAAAGCAAGCCUUGAAGGCCAAGAUCCAGGCCCUCCUGGAGAAGUAUGUUGUUGUCAGUCAGCUGAACUCGGAGCGCUGCCUGCAGCUGGAGCGAGCCCAGUCUCUGGCUGGCCAGUUCUGGGAGACUUACGAGGAGCUGUGGCCCUGGCUCCAGGAGACCCGCACCAGUUUCAGCCAGCUCCCAUUGGCGUCCAUCGAGUACGAAGCUCUCCGACAGCAGCAGGAGGAGCUCAGGCAAAUGCGAGAGCUGAUUGCUGAGCACAAGCCUUACAUCGACAAGAUGAACAAGACAGGUCCCCAGCUACUGGAGCUGAGUCCUGUGGCGGGGGUCGCUAUCAGAGAGAAGUACACAGCCACAGACCUGCUGUACGCCCAGCUCAAGGCUGACGUCAAACAGAGGGCCUUCACUCUGGAUGAGGCCGUCUCCAAAUCCACACAGUUCCAUGACAAGAUCGAGCCCAUGCUAGAGUCCCUGGAACGGAUCGCUGAGCGCCUGCGUCAACCUCCCUCCAUUUCUGUGGAGGUGGAGAAGAUCAGGGAGCAGAUCACAGAGAACAAGGUUGUGUCUGCGGACCUGGAGAAACUGCAGCCGUCCUACGACACGCUCAAGCAGCGCGGCGAAGAAAUGAUUGCUCGCUCAGAGGGAGCUGACAAGGACAUAUCUGCUAAAGCUGUGCAAGACAAGCUGGAUCGGAUGGUGUUCACCUGGAAUGAGAUCCAUGCCCUGAUGGAGGAGAGGGAGGCCAAGCUGCUGGAUGUCAUGGACCUGGCAGACAAGUUCUGGUGUGACCACUGUGCCCUCAUCGUUACCAUCAAGGACACCCAGGACCUGCUGAGGGAGCUGGAGGAGCCUGGAGUCGACCCUUCUGUGGUGAAACAGCAGCAGGAGUAUCUGGAGAGCUUCAAGGAGGAGAUUGACGGCCUACAGGAGGAGCUUGAUGUGGUGCGGAACCUGGGGGCGGAGCUUAUGGCUGCUUGUGGUGAACCAGAUAAGCCAGUCACAAAGAAGAGUAUUGAUGAGGUGAACUUGGCGUGGGAGACUCUGAACAAGGCAUGGAAGGAGAGAGUGGACAGACUGGAUGAGGCCAUGCAAGCUGCUGUACAGUUCCAGGAUGGCCUGCAGGGUAUGUUUGACUGGGUGGACAUUGUGGAGCACAAACUGGGUUCUAUGUCACCUGUGGGCACAGACCUGGACACUGUCAAGCAACAGAUAGAAGAACUCAAGGAGUUCAAAGGUGAGGCGUAUCAGCUGCAGAUGGAGAUGGAGCGACUGAACCACCAGGCGGGCCUGCUGCUGAAGAAGGUGACGGAGGAGUACGACCGUUGUGCCAUCCAGGAGCCCAUGACCGAGCUCAAAAUGCUCUGGGACAACCUGGAUGAAAAGAUCAUCAACAGACAGCACAAACUGGAAGGAGCUCUAUUGGCUCUGGGGCAGUUCCAGCAUGCGCUGGACGAGCUUCUGGCCUGGAUGAGCAACACUGAAGAGCUGCUCAACGAACAGAGGAAGGCUGUAGGAGACCCCAAGGCCAUUGAGAUCAAGCUCGCCAAGCACCAUGUCCUCCAGAAUGAUGUAUUGGCCCAUAAGACGACGGUGGAGGCGGUCAACAAGGCCGGUACUGACCUGGUGGAAUCCACCUCUGGGGAGGAAGCCGCCGGCCUGCAGAACAAACUGGAAAACCUCACCCAGCGCUGGAAAAACAUCCUGGAGAAGACAGAGCAGAGGAGGCAGCAACUGGACAGUGCUCUGCUUCAGGCCCAAGGUUUCCAUGGCGAGAUGGAAGACAUGCAGCAGUGGCUGAAAGACACAGAGCGUCAGCUGUUAGCAUCAAAGGCUGUGGGAGGCUUACCAGACACGGCCCGCGAGCAGCUUAAUGCCCAUCUGGAGUUAUGUUCCACAAUGGAAGCCAAGGAGGAGCUGUACCAGCAGCUGAUGAACAAAGGUCAGCAGCUGCUCACCAUGACCCCCUCCGGCCAGGACAGCAACACAGAGCAGGACCUCCGUAACCUACAGGACAAGUGGGAGUCUGUGCAGGCCAAGGUGGCUGAGAGAAAGGUGAAACUGGAAGAGGCUUUGGCUCUGGCCACAGAGUUCCAUAACUCUCUCCAGGACUUCAUCAGCUGGUUGACCCAAGCUGAACAGACUCUCACUAUGUCCUCUCCCGCCUCCGUCAUCCUGGAAACCAUCCUGUUUCAGAUAGAUGAGCACAAGGUGUUUGUGACAGAGGUCAACUCCCACAGGCAGCAGAUCAUUGAGCUGGAUAAGACAGGGACACACCUGAAGUACUUCAGCCAGAAGCAGGACGUGGUGCUGAUCAAGAACCUGCUGAUAAGUGUACAGGGCCGCUGGGAGAAGGUGGUGCAGAGGUCUGUGGAGAGGGGCCGUCUGCUGGACGACACCAGGAAGAGGGCCAAACAGUUCCACGAAACCUGGAACAAGCUGACAGAAUGGUUGGAUGAUUCGGAGAAGGCUUUGGACUCUGAGCUGGAAAUCGCCAACGAUCCUGACAAGAUCAAGACGCAGCUGGCCCAGCACAAGGAGUUCCAGAAGGUUCUGGGGAGCAAGCACUCAGUGUAUGACACCACCAGUCGUACCGGACGCGCCCUGAAGGAUAAGACGUCACUGCAGGACGACAACCAGAAGCUGGACGACAUGCUGAGUGAACUGAGGGACAAGUGGGACACUGUCUGUGGCAAGUCAGUCGAAAGGCAGAACAAACUGGAAGAGGCGUUGCUGUUCUCUGGUCAGUUUACUGAUGCCCUGCAGGCCCUGAUUGACUGGCUGUACAGAGUGGAGCCUCAGAUGGCCGAGGACCAACCAGUACAUGGAGAUAUAGACCUUGUGCUCAAUCUCAUCGACAGUCACAAGGUGUUCCAGAAGGAGUUGGGUAAGCGGACGGGGAGCGUUGCAGCCCUGAAGCGUUCGGCUAAGGACCUGAUUGAGAGCAGCCAUGAAGACUCCUCCUGGGUCAAAGCUCAGAUGCAGGAGCUGAGCGCUCGCUGGGAGACAGUUUGCGCUCGCUCAGUAUCUAAACAGACCCGGCUGGAACAGGCACUGAGUCAGGCUGAGGAGUUUCACUCUACAGUCCAUAUGCUGCUGGAGUGGCUGGCCGAGGCCGAGCAGAGCCUGCGUUUCCAUGGCACCCUGCCCGACGACGAGGAGGCCCUAGGGGCUCUUAUCGAGCAGCACAAGGAGUUCAUGAAGAAACAGGAGGAGAAGAGAGUGGGCCUGAACAAAGCCACCAGUAUGGGGGAGGCUAUCUUGACCAUCUGCCACCCAGACUCUAUCACCACCAUCAAACACUGGAACACCAUCAUUAAAGCCCGGUUCGAGGAGGUCCAGGCAUGGGCGCGACAGCACCAGCAGCGCCUGGCCAUGGCCCUUGGUGAUCUGCUGGCCACGAAGGAGCUGCUGGAGGGUCUUUUGGGCUGGCUGCAGUGGGCUGAGACCACACUCAAUGACAAGGACAAGGAGGUCAUCCCUCAAGAGAUAGACGAGGUCAAAGCCCUCAUCGCUGAACACCAGACAUUCAUGGAGGAAAUGACCCGGAAGCAACCAGAUGUUGACAAGGUCACGAAGACACACAAGAGAAAGGCUGUGGUCGGGAGCGAGCCUGCCAGCCAGUCCCAUAUCCCUGUCCUGGAGAAAGGAAGAGGUGGAAGAAAGCGUUCUCCCACACAAGCCAUGUACCCAUCUUCACAGCCUCCCAUAGAGACCAAGAACCCCAGGGUCAACCUAUUGGUCAGCAAGUGGCAGCAGGUGUGGCUACUGGCCCUGGACAGGAGGAGGAAACUCAAUGAUGCCAUGGACAGACUUGAGGAGCUGAAGGAAUUUGCCAACUUCGACUUUGAUGUGUGGCGAAAGCGCUACAUGCGAUGGAUGAACCAUAAGAAGUCCCGUGUCAUGGACUUCUUCAGACGCAUUGACAAGGACCAGGAUGGAAAGGUCACCAGACAGGAAUUCAUAGAAGGCAUCCUCUCCUCCAAAUUCCCCACCAGCCGGCUGGAGAUGAGUGCGGUGGCAGACAUAUUUGACCGGGAUGGUGACGGCUAUAUUGACUACUAUGAGUUUGUGGCUGCCCUUCACCCCAACAAAGAGGCAUACAAACCCCUCACAGAUGCAGACAAAAUUGAAGAUGAGGUUACACGCCAAGUGGCAAAAUGCAAGUGUCCUAAACGAUUCCAAGUUGAGCAAAUUGGUGCCAACAAAUACAGGUUCUACCUUGGAAAUCAGUUUGGUCUGGUUCACUGCUUACAUGACGAUGAGAUUAUAACAAGCAGGGACAGUCAAAAUCUAACACCCCACCUACACGUUGCGGUUUUGGAAAGCUGUAUUCUGUUCGGAGACUCCCAGCAGCUGCGUCUGGUACGGAUCCUACGGAGUACUGUGAUGGUGCGCGUAGGUGGAGGCUGGAUGGCUCUGGAUGAGUUCCUGGUAAAGAACGAUCCGUGUCGAGUUCAUCACCACGGGAGUAAAAUGUUACGCUCGGAAUCAAACUCUUCAAUUACUCAGUCUCCUAUAGGUUGGCAACAAAUCUCACACUUUCUCACCUUGCUCCAUGAACCCCCCAGUGCCAAAGGAAGGACAAACAUGGAGCUGCGAGAAAAGUUCAUUCUCCCAGAAGGCACCACUCAGGUGAUGGCCAGCUUCCGGUAUAGAGGUCGUAGGUCGCGGCCGUCGUCACGAGCUGCCUCUCCCAACCGGUCAAACUCUAACCAUAGCUGUCCAGCCCAGCAUAAUAACCCAGCCUUGACCAGCACACCCAAGACUCCCCAACACAUAACCCGCAAUUAUGAUAAGCCCUGGCUGACAAACAGCAAACCCUCCAGUCCUCUAAAAUCAUCAGACUCCUUUGAGAGCCAAGGUUCAUCCUCCGAGAGCAUCCCGACACAGGGAAGCAAACUGCGGCUCCCUGGAUACUUGUCAGGAAAAGGGUUCCAGUCGGGAGAGGAGCAGGGAACCCUGAUCAAUGCUGCUGUGAUGAAAGCGCGGGGGCAGGCAAUAGGCUUUGAAUCGAGAAGACCCGGCAGCCGACCUGGAAGUAAAGCAGGUAGCCGAGGCAGCAGCCGGAGAGGAAGCGAUGCUUCAGACUUCGACAUCUCCGAUAUCGCAUCGGUGUGCUCCGAAACGUCAGAGAUGGUGGGUGACACCAGUCGGGCCACACCCCGCUCAUCGUCACGUCAACACGGAGGCAAACCCUCCAAAAUCCCCACUCCUCAAAGGAGGUUGACCCCCAGCAAACUGGCCAAGACCUCCAAGAGAUAGUCAUUGGCCUUGAGACAACUAUGGGAGCCCCGUUGGCCCAAAGUGGCCCUCCUGGUUCCACAAGACAUAUGGAGACUGGAGACACUAGAACUGACACAAGAGACUGGUGUAUGUGUUAAUUAUUUAAAGUGUUGCGAAGAUGUUAAAUAUUCUGUUGAGAGAAAAAAUGGUUUAAUAUUAAGUGUGAAUGGAAUGUCAAUGGCCUUGUGUAUUUGUGUAUUUGUCUUAAUGUAUUUUAUUUUAUGUGAAUAAUGUCAAAUUAUUAUGAUCAUUUUAUUUUAUUGACGCUAAACCUGAAGAGGUACAAAAAACUGAAAGAAAAAAAUAACAUGGAAAAGACUACAUUGUAUGGUCGUUCUAACACUUUUACACACUAAUGAAUGGUAACGCACAGCAUUGUGCUCUGAGAGAGAUACUGAAUGUACUGUAAUUUCUGUAUGCUGACAUGCGUGUGACAAACGGUGUAUCGCGCUACUCUGUGGGACACCAAUGAUCUAUUAUCUAUUUAAAGUGCAAUGAUGUACUGCCAAAAUAUGCAUUUAAAGGGCAAUACAAUAUACAUGUAGCCUACCACAUAGUAAACACUGCAAAUAAUGAUGUUCUGACAGAGAAGACUGUUGAAGGCAAGUUCACGCAGAAACCCCUCAAUAUCCAGGCUUUAAAAUACUUCAACUUUCCUUAGCACCUGCAGGUAAUACUGUUUUGUUUGGUCCACUUACAGCGAUGUGUGCCAUUUUACCUUGAAGAGGGGCCUCCCGGCGCCCUGAGUAGACAUUCUUUAGUGCAUCAUCAUGUCAGUGUAUGGUUCAUUUAGCUGGAGUGGAAAGGAUUACUGUAACCUUUUUGUAAUAAAUUUGCUUGCAGAAAGCUACCAUGGGAUACUGA